AUUUUAAUUUAUAAUUUUUAAAAUUUUUAUUAUUAGAGAGGUCCCAUUCUCUCAUAAAGGAGGGUCUGAGUGCGGGCCGCACCACCGUCCUAAUCCAACGGCUCGAAGUCACUGUCAAGCAAAAUUCACUCUUUUUUGUCUAUAAGAGUCUCGAGCCUCUUCUCCGCUUCUCCGUUAUCACUGUUCUCUUUACCCAUGAAACCCUCUCGUAGAUUCAGCUUCUUCUCCUCCUCCUCCUCUUCCUCUUCCUCCACAACCACCACUACAGUGAUAUACACUUUCCGUGACGAGCAAACUACCCCUCAUACCCAAUCCAAUGAAAUUCCUAUCCAUUCCUCACCCGAACCCCCCAUCCCCAUCACCGUCCACCUCCCUCAACCGUCGGAAUCCGCCGCCGCCGUAGCCAUCCAAUCCGCUUACCGCGCCCACCUGAUCCGCACUCUUGUCCGGAAAAUCUCCGCCGUGAGCUCCGAGGCCGACCACCUGCAGCGCCUACUCCAGCGGCAGGAAACCGUGGACGCCAUCCGGAGCGACGAUCGCGAGAAGCUGAAGAUGAACGAGGCCUUGAUGGCUCUGCUCCUGAAGCUCGACUCCGUGCCGGGGCUUGAUCCGGCAGUGCGGGACCUCCGGAGGUCCGUGAGCCGUCGGAUCGUUGGGCUGCAGGAGAUUCUAGACUCGGUUUCCGACACCAGAACGGACGGAUGGGAUGGAUUCUUGAGGAAUUGGGACAAGGCCAUAGAUGAGAUGGAAGAAGAAGUUUGUAAAGAGAGAGGCGGGGAUGAAAUGGAGAGGUUUUGUGCAGAGCAUUUAGGGUUCCGGUGCCUCCAGAGGUUUCUCCGAGAGGCAUAGUUAGCCUGGAGCUCAAGCGUGAGUACGUAAUUGAACAGAGAACGAAUCCGAACGGAGUUCAUACCAUAAAUCUUACAUAAUUAACGGAAAAUUGUUCACGCUUCUGUAAAUAUAGGGGGAGUAUUGAUUCCAGCCUGACGGACGUUCUGCCACGAGGUUUUGUAAUUUGCAAUAUAAUAGCAAUUAAACAGAAAAUAAUUUGUAUUAUUAUUAUAAUUGUUAUAUCUAAAUCAUUUAAAUUAUUAUAA